GCUGCCUCUUGGUAGCCGGCAGUAGGAGUCCUGCACGCUCUGAGCCCGGGCAAGGAUCGCUGGCUGGCUCUCCCGGGGUACCCAGAGCCCCGCCGCCGGGACCUGACAGACGGCUUGUGGAUUGCUCGUGGAUCCCAGCUCGGAGGGAGGGUUACUUUAUUUCCUAUGCAACAGCCCCAUCAGCCGGUCCCCAUCUCCUGGAUCCUUGUGUAUCCCCUGCACAGCCCAUCCCAUCCCGGGGUCAGGCUCACCGGCCAGGCAUCCCCACACUGUGAUCUCUGGGGUCCUGCAGGGGAAGGGCUGGGGGGUCACCUUACCCAUUGCAAUGCACUGAGGACCAGGAGCUGCAAACAUGACGGUGGAUUUCGAAGAAUGCAUCAAGGAUUCCCCCCGUUUUCGGGCAACUAUAGAUGACGUGGAAACAGAUGUUGUGGAAAUUGAAGCCAAGCUUGACAAGUUGGUCAAACUAUGCAGUGGGAUGCUCGAAGCUGGCAAAACCUACCUUACAACUAACAAGCACUUUGUAAGCGGUAUCCGAGAUUUAUCGCAGCAGUGUAAGAAAGAUGAGAUGAUCUCGGAAUGUCUGGACAAAUUUGGGGACAGCCUUCAGGAAAUGGUGAACUACCACAUGAUCCUUUUUGAUCAGGCACAGCGGUCGGUGAGACAGCAAUUGCAUAUCUUUGUUAAAGAAGAUGUGCGAAAGUUCAAAGAGUCCAAGAAGCAGUUUGACAAAGUAAGAGAAGACCUGGACAUUGCACUGGUGAAAAACGCACAGGCCCCGCGCCACAAACCACACGAAGUGGAGGAAGCCACUGGCACCUUGACCAUUACACGGAAGUGCUUCCGGCACUUGGCAUUGGACUACGUAUUACAGAUCAACGUAUUGCAAGCCAAAAAGAAAUUUGAAAUUCUGGAUGCAAUGCUGUCAUUCAUGCACGCCCAGUAUACCUUCUUCCAGCAAGGAUACAGCCUUUUAAAUGAGCUUAAUCCCUACAUGAAGAAACUGGCGUCAGAGUUGGACCAGUUGGUAAUUGACUCUGCGGUGGAAAAACGAGAAAUGGAGCACAAACAUGCAACAAUUCAGCAAAGGACUCUUCUCCAGGAUUUCUCCUACGAUGAUUCUAAGGCCGAAUUCAAUGUUGAUGCUCCCAAUGGAGUUGUGAUGGAAGGAUACCUCUUCAAGAGGGCCAGCAAUGCAUUCAAAACGUGGAAUCGGCGAUGGUUCUCUAUCCAGAACAGCCAACUUGUUUACCAGAAGAAAUUGAAGGAUGUCCUGACCGUGGUGGUGGAGGAUUUAAGACUGUGUACGGUGAAGCCAUGUGAAGACAUUGAAAGGAGAUUUUGCUUUGAAGUCGUCUCACCCUCCAAGAGCUGUAUGCUUCAGGCUGACUCUGAGAAGCUUCGUCAAGCGUGGAUUCAAGCUGUCCAGGCCAGCAUCGCCUCUGCUUACAGGGAGACCCCAGAUAACUACUACAUAGAGAGGCUUGACAGAACGGCUUCCCCCUCCACAAGUAGCAUAGACUCAGCCAGUGAUUCACGCGAGCGCAACAUGAAAGGAGAGAGCAUCUUGCAACGGGUGCAGAGCAUUGCUGGCAAUGAUCAGUGCUGCGACUGUGGACAGACCGAUCCUCGAUGGGCCAGCAUCAACUUAGGGAUCACCCUUUGUAUUGAAUGCUCAGGCAUCCACAGGAGUCUUGGUGUUCACUGCUCGAAAGUUCGCUCCCUUACGUUAGAUUCCUGGGAACCAGAGCUAUUAAAGCUGAUGUGUGAAUUAGGAAAUAGUACCAUAAAUCAAAUCUAUGAGGCGAAAUGUGAGCACCUAGGUCUGAAAAAGCCAACGUCGGGAUGUUCUCGACAGGAAAAGGAAAUUUGGAUAAAAGCAAAGUACGUGGAGAAGAAGUUCUUGAAGAGGUUGGGCAGUGUUGAGGUGGAAAAUGAAAGAAAGCCUCAGAGAUGGAGUGUGAAAAAAUGUCAUCGUAACAACAGCACCACCAAAGUGCCCUCUGCCCGCAGGAAGUACCGACACGAGGGUGGAAAUGCCUCUCCAGCCAUGCUCUCCUCUGCUGCAACUUUGGAGCGCAAGUUCCGUCGGGAUUCUCUGUUUUGUCCAGAUGAGUUGGACUCACUCUUCUCCUACUUUGACACAGGGGCUGGCCCACGCAGUUUGAGCAGUGACAGUGGACUGGGGGGCAGCACGGAUGGCAGCAAUGAUAUUCUGGUUUUUGGCUCAGUAGUGGAUAGUGUCACGGAAGAAGAAUGUGAGAUCUCUGAAGACUCAAGUGGGGAGGCAGAGACUGAGCUGGAACCUUCUGAUCCAGAAGACUUUCGAGAGCUUCACCCAGGUCUCUUGUUGUAUAAAGCAUCUCGUGCAAGGAACCUACCAAUUAUGGCACAAGCUCUGGCCAAUGGGGCUAACGUAAAUUGGGUAAAUGAUGAGGAUGAAAGCAAAACCCCACUCAUCCAAGCUGUAAUAGGGGGUUCACUCAUAGCUUGUGAGUUCUUGCUGCAGAAUGGAGCCGAUGUCAACCAAAUCGACAUGAGAGGACGAGCGCCAAUCCAUCAUGCUACAUAUUUGGGACAUACUGGUCAGGUCUGUCUGUUCUUGAAGCGAGGAGCCAAUCAGCAUGCAGUAGAUGAAGAUGGACAGGAUCCCCUCAGCAUAUCUGUGCAAGCGGCAAAUGCAGACAUCGUUACCUUGUUGCGACUAGCUCGGAUGAACGAGGAGAUGAGGGAAGCAGAAGGACCAUUCGGCCAACCAGGUCAAUAUCCAAGCAACAGUCCUACUGAGCAACAGUACAGAAAGUGCAUCCAGGAAUUCAUCUGCCUUAAUAUAGAUGAGUGUUAGAGUCAAACAGGCAAACUCCCUCCUCUGGCUCUUGCUUGAAGGGGUGCAGCUGGUCUUUCCUUUGAACUUUUACAACACUAGUUUCUCUUGGCAUCCUUUUGGAGUCCUGCAUGGGGAUUGUCUUCUUCACCAGGGGAGGGAAGAAUUACAUGCGGACCAGGGGCACAACUAAACCAAAAUUUUGGAAGGGUCUGGACCAAUAUUAUUAUUUUUUUCUUUCCCCAACAAACAAAAGAUGUGAUAUCCGCAUAUUUUGUGUACUGUUCAGCACUUUUAUGAACUGUGAUUUAUUAUAAAUUUUUUAUGUUACCAAGUUUAGAGUGGGCACUAAGGCAACUGAAGCAUGUGUAUUGUCCAUAGCUCUGUUACCUCUCUAUUGCCUGGCUGUGUUUUUCCUUAGUGGUAUAAUGUUCACCUGAUUGCCAGCUGAACCUUAUCAAUGGUACUCGUAGACGUUCAGGGAGGACUGCUCAUUCCAAGGAACUGGUUCACACCAGCUUCUUAAGUUAUUGGGGGGGUGUUAAUGACUUGAUACAUUAAUAAUCUGUGCUGUAUGUAGCAGCCAGAAUCAGCCGCCUUCCACAAAUUAUUUUUGUGGAUCCCGGUGGGAGAGAGUGGAGAGGUCCAGAACAGGCAGUAUUGCUAUGUGGAGUCCUUAGAUACUCUCAUUGAAAGCACUUUUCUGUCUUGAGAGUGUUCGAUUCUUGGUGCUUUUUUAUGUGUUUUGUUAAGACACAAGAUCCUUCAGCUUCCCCCAACCUUCCACACCUAUUUUAUUCUUUCCGAUACCCCAUCACUGCCAGUAGCUGGCUGAAGAUGCAAGACCGAUAGAAAAACAGCAUAUUAAUACCUUGUGGUUCCAAAAAGGCUAUGUGAUUACUGUGCAACAGUUCUCCAUCCCUUACAUAAAAUAUCAGUGAACAGUCUUCAUAACCUUUCAAUUUAUUGAUACUUUUACUUCAGACGUGACAACAGUUGAUCUUCACUUUACCAGCUUUAGCCAUGUUGAUUACAAAAGAUUUAAACACUUAGUUUGAGCCCCAUGUUUUUCUAGGCAGUGCAAGUGUUGCUACAUCAGCAGCUCCAUUACAGUGAUGAAGGGGAUUAACGGGCCUGAGUAGAUCACCUCCACCUUCUAUGUGGAGAGAUUAAUGUGCACUAAUUAAGCUUGGGUCAUGCCACUACAUUAAACUAUAUCUUCAACUGAAGAGACACACUUGAGGUUUGCUCACGUCAGGAGUUGGGUAGAUCUAAUCAUUCACUAACAAAGGGAGAGUUGUAAAUCGAGGAACUACCACAUUUUUGGGAUGAAAUUAGGAUAGAGGCUUCCCCGGUGAAUUCUAUUGACAUAUCCAAUGCUAUGCAAUUCCAUUGUAUGAAGAGGUCAGGACAUCAGGAACACUGGAUGGACUGUUACAUAUCUGGGUAUUAAUCUUCAUCGAGACCUGAUCUUGUCACCAAGUAUUCCUCUUUAUAUUUGCUUAGACUGAGAAUUGUACAUACUCCACUCUUUUUAGUUUUUCACAUGGUGUUUGUCUUUAAGAUCACUACUUUUUUUUUCUUUCUUUAUCCUUUAAUCCCACCAGUCCUUUUAAAUUGGAGAUUGCCUGUUUUAUGAUCUCAGAUAAAUUUGUAUCACUAUAUUAGCCUCAUGACCUCUCCAAGCCUUAUUACUUGCAGAAUAAUAUGCACCUUAGAUCCACCGUACCUUCAUACUGAAGUUUGGGGUGGAGCAGGUAUUGAAACACCCCAUCAGAAAAGCACAGACAAACACAUCCAUUCUUUAAGAUAUAUACAAUAUAAUUCAGUUUCUAUUCGAAUUUUAUUGCUCCACUAUACAACAUGCAAUAAAUGUCUACUCGUAUAAGCACCAAAUAUUUAAUUAAGCAAGUGGAAAUGGCAGCCAUAUUUGUAUCAAUCUCCAAAGGCCUAUAAAAACACAAAGUAAGGAUUUCCAUAUCGUUUAAAAUGGCAAAAAGCAAAAACACACAUCGUAGGACUCAUGGAUAUAGUCACUAAGAAUUUUCAUAAGCACGUAGAGUGGACUACUGCAUUAUAAUAUCAAGAUCGCACAAAUGGACAAACAUAGGAUCAACUGAUUACUGCUCACCUUCCGUAAUCUCAAGCAGUAACAUAAGGACACCAAAACCAGUCAGCACUGCCAGAUAGAACUACAGGCUUCUCGUCCUAACUACAGACCAGCAGGACUCCCCCCAUGGGAGGUAUAAAAAAAGGUGCUAUCUUUAUUCGGAGGUCCAAUUGUAUGACCAUUUUACUUCAGUCCUCACCAGAAUUUUCUAUAAGGCGUUUACACUACAUCCUUCAAAUAAAUGCCUUUACAGCAGGUCAGAUGUAGAUAUGUAGGAAAAACUAGCUGUGAACUCAAUCAAGCUUCAAUCCUUGGCAUAGAAUUCCACCCCUUUUGUGGCAAGGAGGAAACAGAAUUUCGUUUUCUAUCCUCUGCAGUAGCGAAGGGUUUUUUUUAUUUUCUAUUUUCUCUCCUUGUAAAGGUUGUGUGUUUUAUGUAAAGAAUACAAUUAAAUGUGCACUUUUCCUCUUUCCAGUAUUGGAGAUACACACACAUAUAUGUAUAUUGUUUGUUUGCGUAAAUGUAAUUUUAUAAGUGAAUUUUUUUUGUACAGCUUAACCUAUUUUAUUUUUUUUUCUUUUCUUCAGAACAGCAAAAGUGUUUAUGUUUUGAUACUUAAUUUAUUUUAGUUUACGUAUUAGGACAGAGCAGUGCAAGCUGAUGGAAUAGAGUACAAACUUAAUUUAACCCCGUAAGACUGGUACAUUCUCUUUUUUUCUCUUUUUACAUUUUUUUCUUUUAAUACAACAAGCUUGUGAAACUCUUUGCAGUUUUACAUUCUCAACUAUAGUUUCUAUUGGCAAUGCUGUAACAUCUUUUGUUUAGUUUGUGUUUUUUUGGUUUUUUUAUGUAAAGGGUUCUUAUUUUAUACUUAGCAUGAAAAUCAGCAGAAUUCUGCGUUGCUCUGUUGUACUCGGAUUAAGAUAUUUAGCAAACAGUACAUCCUGCAAAUUCUAUGUAAAUGUAUUACCUACUAAAUAUUGUGAUUUAUGAGCAUGUGAAUGAAUGAGUGUUUGAUGAGAGUGUAUGAAUUUAUUAGUUUGUUUUUGUUUGCAAUGUCUUGGGUAUUUUUGUGUUUUUUGUUUAGUCAGAACAGGAUUUUUUGGUUUGGGGUAUAGGAAGUUUAUAACUAUUGGUUAUUUUUCAUACAAACGCUACAACUACCUUUUAUUUUUAUUUUUUCUGCCAAUCGAUUCUACAAAUAAAUAUAUAGGUAUCUUUACAUAGCUGCUAAGUAUUGCCUCUUAGAAUCGGGCUGUUAGUUUCAGCCAUACUAUUGCCAUCUUGUUAUCACACUUGUGAAUUUUUGUAUAAGCUCCAUCAAUUAGCAGGCACUGACAUUAUAAAUGACAACAUGAACUACUGGCCUGUGAAAUUAAAAUCCCAUUUUGUACCAAAGCUAUACAAAGAUGCCUUCAACAUUAUUUACAGUUACUGGCUUUGCUCAAAGACUUCCGUUUCAGCAUCGUUAUCCAAAAUCUAUUUAGAAAUAUCUAUUAUUUCUGUUAAUCAUUUAAAAAGGUAAUUGUGUUGAAUGAAAAUUUGCCAAGUUAGUUCUUAUCUCCACUAUUUUGAUCCUAAUUUAGGAAAUAGAGUUUCGGCUCACAGUUUACUGAUAGCAGUUAACGAGCAGUGUAAAAUUACUUUAUAGAAGGCACUACUUUUAAAUGUCCAUAUCCUACAGCAUUUUAUGAAUUGUUUACCCCACUAGGUUUUUAUUCUUUUGAAAGAAAAUUAUUUUUGCUCCCUAUCUUUCUCUUCCUUGUAGUUCUUUGUCCUUUACAGUAUCUUCUCUAACUCAAAUGUUCAAACCUGUCACACUUUAACCAGUCAGGGCUGCCCUUACACCAAGCACUACUGAAGUACCCGUGUUGUUUAAAAUACAGACACUCCUCCCAUUUCUACGACCCGGUUGUAGAACGAAUUGGUCGUUAAGUGAGGAGUUAAGGGAUUCCCUGCUCUUGUGCAUUCUUCUAUGUUCAGGGAAAUGUCCCUGAACAUAGACAAACACAACAGAGGAGGGAAUCCCUCUGAUCUACGUUCGGGUAAAUUUCCCCGAACAUAGGUUUAAGGGAUUCCUUGCUCUGGUGAGCAUGUCUGUGUUCAGGGACAUUUCCUCGAACAUAGAUGAAUGCACAAGAGCAGGGGAUCCCUCUAAUCUAUGCUCGGGGAAAUUUACCCGAACAUAGAUUAGAAGGAUUCCCUGCUCUGUUGCGUUCGUCUAUGUUUGGGGAAAUCUAUUUGUACCCUCUGGGUUGAAAGCGUAAAAAAUGUGGUUUCUUGGUGUCUAUGUCUGCUAAUUGAAAUUUCUAAUUUAAGGGUGCAAUAUCUGCGGGUGGAUUUAUUAAUGCACAAACUAAUAUUUAUGAGUUUGAAUUAUUCACAAGUUUAAAACUGGAGAGAAUGGAUUUACUCCAAGAAAACUUAUAUCAAUGUGACUUUUUUAAGGAUAAGUAGAGGAAUUUAAUCCAAAUCAUUGUUUUUUUUUGUGUUUUCUUUUUUUUAAAUCUCGCCCCUCAAAACCAAUAUUUUACUGCUAUGCCCAUCCAUUACAAUUAUGGGUCAACAAUCAGAACACAGUAGGUAAAUGUUAUCAUGUCUUGUAAAUGUGUUAACUCCUUGUAGUUAAAAGUGACAGCAAAUUUAUUUAGUUUUUAAAUAAAUUUUUCUGUACGUAAUUGGCAACCAAUGUAAUCAAACUUAUUGGUUGUGUUCUAAAUCACUUGGAGUUACACGACAGAAGUUGCUGAUCUCUGAUUACGGAUUAAAUGUUAAAUUGUCUGUGAGCUUAUCAUUUUUAGGGCAAUGGGUUUUACAAGGAAUAUAUGCCCAAGUAGUUACUAACAGAAAUGUGCAAAUCUGAGUGGUAUGACUUUUAACAGCCCAUGAGAUGAAAUCUAGCUACACGACUUGUUGGUAAAAUGGUUGCUUAUUCUAGAUGCGAGUGACUGAGUUGGACACAUGCUGGAAUUGUGAUGUUAUUCAGAAACAAAAUGGCCUCUUUUCUGUGAUGUCACAUCCUGUCCCUUGUAAACUCGUUCAGUGUUUUAAACGCUCCCAUUCUGGAGCACAGUGGGUGGAUCGGAGUCAUUCAAUCACAUUUUGAUAGCUCCGUUAAAGGUUUCAUCUCUCUGUUGGGAGCUGUGUGUCCAAUAUAACUUGGAAAAUUAAAGUAUAUACAUUUUCUGGCUACAAGCUUGAGCUACAUCAACAUGUAAGGCAUUUGAAUUUAAUGCUAAUGACGGUCUUCUAUAAGAGAGUGGUAUAUCUUACCUUAUGGUAUAUCGCUUCAAAGAGAAAAGUCAGGGAACGAUAGACGCAUGAUGAAUUUUAAAGCUGCACAAUUAUGACAAAUCCCUCUUGCUGUAUAUAGCCUGAUGCAUUCUGUACUCUUCACUUUCUGCUUACACCUCCAUUGUACUCUUUCUUUCAUGCUUGUUCAACCUGUAGAUGUUAUCUGUGAAUAUUGUAUGUCAUUUUCGCUGUGUUCCUAGCCUCCUGUUUCCAGAUGGGGACAAUGUGACUCACUGCAGUUCCCUUGGCAACAAAGGGGCUUAAUUUAAUGCAAUGGUGUAUGGUAUGUGGUGUACAUCUACACACUAUAUAUCACACACAGUCACACAAUCCCGAUGUUUUUACUCCUUCAAUCUGUCUUUAUAAGGACUGUUAAUAAAAAUAUACUCCAACUCUUAA